AUGGAUUACGCUCGAGAUGGGAACGUGGUGCAAAUAAUCACCGGGGGUGGCGGAGGAGGAGAGAGCUGGUCGGGCGAUCAAGCCGAUUGGGCGACUGAGGAUGAGUACCGGUUUUGGAACAACAACAACAACGGAGACGCGGAAUCGACGCCUUCGAACUCGAAUUAUGAGUCGCGGUCGGAGCCGCCGAGCAAGAAGUCCCGGAAUUCGCAGGAUGGGAACUCAAACCGGUCAAAGGCUAUAGGGAAAAUGUUCUUCAAGACGAAGCUGUGUUGCAAGUUCAGGGCAGGGACGUGCCCUUACAUCACCAACUGCAAUUUCGCCCACAGCAUUGAGGAGCUGCGGCGCCCGCCCCCAAACUGGCAGGAGAUUGUGGCGGCACACGAGGAGGAGAAGGCAGUGAUGGCAGAGCCAAGGGAGGAGUUUCAGAUUCCCACUGUGGGGUCUUCCACCUUUGCAGGGGAUAUGAUGCAGAGGUCCUACAAGGGAAGGCAUUGUAAGAAGUUUUACACUGAGGAAGGGUGCCCCUAUGGGGAUAGUUGCACCUUCCUUCAUGAUGAGCAAUCAAAGAACCGAGAGAGUGUUGCUAUAAGUUUAGGCCCAGGGGGUUAUGGUGGUGGUGGUGGUGGUAGUGGUGGCGGGGGUGGUGGUGGUGGGGGGUGGCGGUGGUGGAAAUGGUAG